GAUAAACCCCAUUCCCUUUCUCUCUCCUGCUCUCUGUUUCUUUCUCUAUCUCUCCCAACUCUCUCUGUGAUGGCCAAAGGAGGAAGCAAACUGACCAAAUUGAAGUCAGUGUUAAAGAAAUGGAACUCGUUCGGCAGACACGGCCGAGUCAAUGGCAGUUCAAUCGCCGCCGCCAAUAACUCUUCCGACGACGACAUUUCCCGGGACCUCCACCCCGUGUACGUCGGAAAGUCGCGCCGCCGCUACCUGAUCAGCUCCGACGUCAUCGACCACCCCCUCUUCAGAGAGCUCGUGGAGAAGUCCGGCGACUCCGAGUCCAUCACCGUCGGCUGCGAGGUGGUACUGUUCGAGCACUUGCUGUGGAUGCUCGAAAAUGCUGAUCCUCAGCCCGAGUCGUUGGAAGAACUCGUCGAGUUCUACGCUUGCUGAAAGAAGCUAGCUAAUUUACUGUUAUUACUACGCUGUAACUGAAAAAGUAACUGCUUGGAGGGUGGUUAUUUUGUUACUCAAUUCAUGAUAUGGUAUAUAGUUGUAAAUUCGAUCUCUAAGGUUGAUGCUGAUGAUUAGCGGUGUUGAAAAAUAAAAAAUUAUUGAAAAGGGAAAAAUAAAAAAGAUAGAGAGAAAGAGAGUUAAGUGAUGAGUUUGAUUGAACGGUGAGGAUUGAGCUAUUUUACAUCGGCUAAUCUUGUACGGCCUGAUGAGGAUUAUGAUCGGUAAUGUAUUGUUGUUGUUCAUUCUUUUAUAUAUAUAUAAAAAAUGUUCAUUCCCAUUA